AAAAUUACUAUUCAGUUUGGUAUUAGUCGUCGUUGACUCAGCACUGCACAUAAACAAAGCACAAACUCUGUCACUUUCCUUUUGGCUGCUCUGAAACGUAAAAAAUAGAAGAGAUUAAAUCGCUAUUUCCUUUCCACAAAAAAUAAGUCGCGCGAGACAGAAAUAAAAAAUAUUUCAAAAUUCGCGAAUAGUUUUUUUUUCUCGUAGUGUUUUCAUCAUUUUAUGAACUGGUCGUGGAAUUGAUGCAAAGGGAUACAUUUGGUUCGCAAAGACGAAGAAAAAAGAAAGCGAAUGGAAUUGCAGUUUAUGGAAUGAAUUUUUAAAUAGGUGAUCGAAAUAAUAUAUCUCAGUCGUUGUUGCACAAUGAAGAGUUCAGCAUAAAAUUCAACGAGAAAAUCAGCUCCAUUACAAAUCGACCCAAAGCAAAAGAGCCAGAGGAAAACAGUGUGUGUGUGUCGUGUUGUGUGUGUUUCAAAAGAAUUGUGUCGUGAUUGCUUCAAAUGAAUAUUUCAUUGUGAGUUUUAUUAUGCCGAAAGUGAAUGCAUUCUCGAUUAUUCGAAUGAAAUUUUGAAACGAAAACAAAAAAAAGCAAUUGAACGACAAACACCGAGUCAAUUGCGUUUAUUCUCUUUUUUGUUUGUAGUUUAUUUUAUUUCAACGUCACUUUCAUUCGUCGUUAGUUUUUCAUAUGUCAAACGUCACCCAGCAUAUUAUGCGCUUUUUUUGUUUGUCGUUGAUCCAACUUUCGUUGCUGUGGUGAUAGUUUUUGAAUCGGUGUGCCACACCGAUUUGCUCAUAUUGCACCGAUUGAGAGAGAACAAGAAGCGAAAAGUGAAUAAGAAUACAAAAAAAAGAAAACAAAUAACUGAGAACAGAAUCGAAACGACGAGAAUCUGUCAUAAAAACAGAAACCAAACAGGAAAUCAACAAAAACUCUCAAAUAAAACACACGAAAACAAAGCAUACGGUGUUUGUAGGAUUUCUUGGGUGCAAACAACGAAGAAACAAAAUAAGAGAAUUCAACCUUUUGUCAGUGCUGAAUAAGUGAAAAGAAAGAAGACGUACCAAUUUUUAUUUGCUGUUUUGUUUAAGUUUUGCACUUUGAACACAACACCUUUCAACGAAAGAAUAAUAGUUGUGAUGUGAUUGACCUAGGCGAGAAGAAGAAAAAAGAGAGAAAUAAAGUUCCAGAGAAUUGCUUUUUUAUUUUUUUUGAGAAAACGAAAAAAAGAAUCAAAGUAAACUUCUAUUUCGUUGGAGAAAACAGUUUGCAUUCGUCUCCACGUGAAAACGAUUUUAGCUUAAGCUUGAAGAAACGUAAGAUAAACGCAAAAUUCAACGGUGAAACUGUAGGCAAAGCAGAACAGCCGACUUGAAAGCAAGCCGAACAGAACAAAACAAAAAAAAAUAUUUAAAAAAAAAGAGAUAAUAAAAUUAUCAUAAAUUGCAAAGUGUGUUGUUGUGCGACAAUUCGAUAAAAAUGGCGGUAGUGCGAAAGAAGCAAGAUGAUAAAAUGCUGAAAAUUCUGCGCGAGCUGGUUUCGCUGAGCGGCAACAAACAAUGCUUUGACUGUAAUCAAAAGGGUCCAACUUAUGUAAACAUGACCAUCGGGUCGUUUGUUUGCACUCGAUGCUCCGGCGUUUUACGAGGACUGACGCCGCCGCAUCGAGUGAAAUCGAUUUCGAUGGCCACAUUCACAACGGAAGAAAUAGAUUUCAUCAAAGCGCAUGGGAAUGAAUUGUGUGCAAAAACGUGGCUCGGCCUAUGGGACCCGAAGAGAGUUCAUACGCAAGACCAACGUGAACUGAUCAUCGACAAAUACGAGCGGAAACGAUAUUAUUUGGAACCGGCCAGUCCACUGAAAUCGAUUACGAACACAGCUCAAUUAGCGCCUUCGCAGAAACAACAACAAACGCAAUUAAAUAGCGCAACACUGCUAACAAAUGGAACGGCUAAAUCGAUUGAGGAAAAUAACAGCAAUUUGUGGACAUCAAAUGCAAGCAUGAAUGGUAAAACGUCCAACAGCAGCCGAUGGAAAAUGGAUUUACUUUCAUCAAACGAUAAUAACAGUCUGUUCAAUAAUCACAUCUCCGCCCCUGUCGCCACCAACGGCACUCGCCCAAAUGGUUCCACUAACAACACCAACGGUACUAACGGACUUAGUUUAAACGGUAAUAAAUCGAUGGAUGCAAAAACGAAUGGUUUCCAUCUACCACCACCCGCUUCAAAUGGUGAUAAGAACAACAAGAAUCUAUUUACGCCCGAUACGGACUUUGUGGCCGAUUUCAGUUCGGCCAACAUAUUCGAUGCCUUGAAUAACAAACCAUCCAUUAAUAAGAACAACACGAGUAGCACAACAAACAAACCGAUCCUAUUGCAAGGAAAUGGACAUUCAAAUGCAAACCACCAUGCGAAUGGCAUUGAAUUAACAAAUGGCAAUCGGACAAAUGGCAACACAACAACUGAUGUAAAUAAGAAUUUCGAUGAAAACUUUGCUGAUUUCGAGCACAAUACCAUUUAUAACGCAGCAGCCAUUGAGAAUCAAAACAGCAAUUACUUCAAUAGUUUUAGCUACAAUCACAAUAGCACCAAUUCGAACAAUGGUACAGCAAAUACUCAGUGGAGUGUUUGGCAACAGUUUCCAUGGCCAUAUAUACAACCAGAACAAAAUCGAUGGAGUCUUCCGAUGUCAUUGAGCUCAACGAGUAAUUCGCUAAAAUCAAGUGGUACAUUUAAUUCCAAUUCAUCCAUCAAUUCAACACCAUCGGUGGACCGAUAUGCAGCUCUUAAGGAUUUAGACGAACAAUUGCGCGAAAUUAAGGAGAAAGAUACCCAUAAUCAAAAUACUCUAACAGCUGCCACUCCAGCAAACCCAUUCAAUUUGUCAUCGUCACCAUCAGCGCAACCAAAUCCAUUUCAAACACAGUCGGCACCACUUUGGUUUGGCGACCAACAAGGCCUUACCACUCCAGCACAGCCCAUGUACCCGAUGACAAAUGGCAUGACCAAUGGCAAUGGCAACGGAUUUCAUGAUCAGUCAACAUUCGGCAUGAAUGGCAUGAAUGGAUCCGUUUUCAAUGGAAACGGACUACACUAUCCAAAGGUUACCGACACUAAUUUGUUCAACGGCUCGUCGUUGAACAUGAACAAUGGCUUUCCACAAAAGAACCCAUUUGCGGCUCCAGUAUUAAAUGCAACCACGAACCCGUUUCUAUGAAUCUCGUUAAACGAAGCGGGACCAGUCAAAUACAGCAAUGAAUACGAUCACAUCCAAAACUAAGCUCUACUUUUAAUCGAUACUCUUUUUUUUCUUCUUUUGAACAAUUUGCUUUGAAUGUCAAUCGUCGCGAACAAACAGAAACCAACAACACACAACACAAAAUAAUGUUUUUAUUUGAUUAUUUUGUCAUGAAUGCAAAAAUUUCUAUUGAAACAAGUGAGAUCUUAAUGUUAAACUGCUAGUUAGAGGUGCAAAAGAAAGCGCAAAUAAAAAACACGAAGAAGAUGUGCACCAGUCGAGCGCAAACCUUUCUUUUUAGACAUGUAAAAGGAACGCAGGAAAUGUAGUUUUAGUUUUGCUAAUUUACAUAUUUUUUUUUUUCAACAAGUGUUUUUGUUAACCCUUCCCCUUAAUUUACAUAUAUACAUAUAUACUCUAAACACCAUUUUGUUCCCAAAAAAAAGCAAAAGCGAAAAAAAACAUGCGAACAAGAACAUGGCUUGAAAUCUCUGUUUAUACCUAUUUAUUUUAAUUUUAACAAGGAAUCUUGGGAAUACAUGUACAUUUUCAGAAUUUUCUCUAAUUGUAUGCUGUUUUUUUUUUCAAAUAAAAAAACCAAUCGAUGUCAUUUUGAUGAUUUUCAAGGGAAUGAAAAAAGAGCAAAGAGAUACGUAAAUAACGAGCAUCGUACACGACUUCGGGAGUAUUGUGGAAGAGAGAGAGACAGUGACAAGAACAAAAGAAACGAUUUUUUUAAGGAUUUAUAGAAUUAGGUUUAAUAUACUUCCAACUGUAUUAAUGAUAUAAAACAGUUUGAAUAUGCCAUGGAUGGGUGGUUACUUUGUUCGUCAUUCACAUAUAUCUCUGAAAUUUCGUUUGCGUGCAACAUCGCAACUAUUCCAAAUGUGAUUAUCACAUAUGCUCUCAGUCGAAUUGCAAUCACUAGCAAUCUUUUCAAUUGUCUUGUCUUCUGCAUGUACGGAAAUCGAGAAGAAAAUUCAGCAAGGAAAAAUAAACUCUAUCGAAUCGAACGCUCAAUUUCGAUAUCAGACUAUUUUAGUUUUUUCUUUAUUUCGUUACACAAUAAAACUUAGAUUCCAAUCAAUUUUGCGUUUAUUCACUUUCUUUUGAAUGAUUUACACGAAGAAAAAAAUUUAACACAAAAAAAACAACAAAUUUUUAAUUUAGGUAGACACAUUUUUUAUUUUCAAUUCUCUUCUGUUUUUUUUUAAAUUUAAACAUAUUUUUAUUCAAAUCAAUUUAUUAUUAUAGUUUGAUUCUUGAUUCAGCCAAAAAUGUAAAUGGACAAAUGUAAUAAAAGGAAAUAAAUUUACGAAAAUGUAACAAAUAAA